GUGUGUCACCGAAGGCUCCCUGAGGAACAGAGCUAGAAGUCGAAACUUUUUUUUUUAACACAACUGUGCACUUAAAAAACAUUGUGACUUUAUACAUAAGGUUGCAAUGAGCGCUAGAACCAACGGAGUGCGCGUUUUUGUGCGCACAAGGCCAACUAACAAUUUUGCACAGGAGUUCAUUGAAUACUUGCCUGACAAAAAGACUGUUAACUUCCAUGCAAGAAAGGACACAAGCAGAGGAAUAAUCAACAACCAGCAAUCUGACUGGACAUUUAAAAUUGAUGGAGUUCUCCAUGAUGUUUCCCAGGAAGAAGUUUAUGAUGAAGUAGCAAGAAAUGUGGUUUUAAAAGCUCUGGAUGGCUAUAAUGGUACUAUAAUGUGUUAUGGGCAAACAGGAGCUGGUAAAACGUACACAAUGACAGGAGCCACAGAAACGUACAAGCAAAGGGGCGUCAUACCUAGGGCUGUGCAACAGGUUUUCAAAGAAAUAGAGAACAGACCCGAUCAAGCGAUAGCAAUUCGUAUCUCCUUCUUAGAAAUCUAUAAUGAGAGCCUGAGCGACCUGUUGGCCACAAUGUCAGCCUGCCAGCCUGUAGACUCACAGAUGACGAUUGUAGAUGAGAAGAACUGUAUUUAUGUGAGGGGUCUGUCAGUGCAUCGGGCCAACAAUGAGGAAGAAGCCUUCAGUCUGCUAUUUGAGGGAGAAACCAAUCGAGUUAUCUCAUCCCAUUCCCUCAACAGAUACUCAUCCCGGUCACACUGCAUUUUUACCAUUCACAUAGAGUCAAGAUCUCGAACCCUGUCAGAUCCCAGAUAUGUCACCUCAAAACUAAACCUAGUAGAUUUAGCUGGCUCUGAAAGGCUGGGCAAAACCAGGUCAGAGGGUCAGGUCCUGAAAGAGGCAAUGUACAUCAACAAAUCUCUGACAUUUCUGGAGCAAGCUAUUCUAGCCCUGGCUGAUCGCAAGCGAGACCAUGUUCCCUUUCGACAGAGCAAACUUACCCAUGUGUUAAAAGAUUCACUAGGAGGUAACUGCAACACAGUGUUGGUGGCUAAUAUCUAUGGAGAUGUGGAUCAUAUGGAGGAAACAUUGUCCACUCUGCGUUUUGCAACUAGAAUGAAAUGUAUCCGUACAGAUCCAGCUGUGAAUGAGCAUUAUGAUCCUGUGCUCCAAGUGAAGAAGCUUGAAAAAGACAUCCUGUUGUUAAAGCAGGAACUGACCAUGCAUGACACUCUGAAUAACCGCAGCCAAGUGCCAUAUGAAGCCUUGAGUGAGAGCCAGAUAGCUGAAAUUAACAAACAGGUCCGCAAAUACCUGGAGGGUGCUAUUGAUGAGAUAGAGAUUAUUAAUAUACGACAAAUUCAGGAGGUGUUUGCUCAGUUUAAGGCGGUUUUACUCCUUCAUGAGCAAGACGUUGAAGCCAGGCUGCUCCAGAAGUACAGCACCGCAGACCGCAUCGAUAGCGGAGUAACUGAAGGGGCUAUGAAGAUUGGACCACCAGUAGACACCACUGGAGAAUUAGAUGGGCAAGGUUUUGGAGUUGGACUUGCACCCUCUUCAGCUAGACCUUUAAAUUCCAAUCUUUCAUCUGCCAGGAAGAUCAAAGUGAAGAAAACUAAAGAUUAUCUUAGCCCAAGCAGAAAGGAUGAGACUGGCAGUCUACCAGCAGGGAAGGACUUGGAGUCAAUCUCCCCAUCCAAGAUAAGUUACCAACUCCCAUCAACAAAAGACGCUGAAGCCAGAGAACAGGAGGUGAAAAGCAUGGUGUCACAUAGGCCAGAUUCCACUGGCAAAGAGGAGCCAAGUCUCCCUAGCUCCCCCCCAUCUAAAGUUGAUGCCUUUGAGGAUUUUAAGUUGGAUUCUGGGAGUGAGAUUAACCGUAUCUUCGAGCAGAAUAAAGCAAUUUUACUGGAAAAAAGGAGAAACGUUAGACAGCUUGUUGAAGGAAUUAACAUCUUUAAAAAGGAAAUUGACAACACCAAGCUGGCCUUACAAGUUAAGGAGCAGGAGCGUGAGCAACAGGGGCAAUACAUAAAUGAAGAAGGCGAUACCAUAAUUGAUGAAGAGGAGUUUCAACUCAUCUUGAAGUUGAAGGAUUUGAAGGCCUCCUACCGUACUCAUUAUGACCAGCUGUUCAGCCUCCGAACUGAGGUUCAGUACUGCCAGCACCUAGUAGAUCAGUGUCGGAUUCGACUGCUUUCAGAAUUCGACAGCUGGUAUAAUGAAACAUUCCUAAUCCCAGAGGACAUCCAGAGAGCUGUGAAAACAUGUGGCCCCCUCAGGCCAGGAAUGCUGCCCAUCAACAGAAUACUGGCUUUGGAUGAGGAUGACCAGGAGAGAUCAGAGCGAUACCAUCAAGAGUUGUUCAGUGACAGUCCUGGAUCUCUAGCAUUUAAUUCUGCUCGUAUGAGGAAUCAACAAAGGCAAUACUACAGGAACGCCAUGGCUCAGGCACAGCCCCAAAGGAAAAAAGCUGGAACUGUCAUCCCAUAUAUCAAGAACAAACCUCCAUCAUUUUUAACAGCCAAUUAAAACAAAGGUGUUGCUUUUUAUUUUA